AUGUCUGCAGCUACUCGCAAAGCAGCUUUAUUAGGCAGUAUUUACUGCAAAAUAGCGGCUAAGGCUAUUAAUAACGCUGCAGCUGCUAAAGCUGCUAAAGCUGCUAACUCUAAAGCUAAGGAGCCUGCUAAGCGCAAGUUAAGUAGUACUGCUAUUAAAAUUAAGAAGGGCACUAAGGUGACGCCUGCUAAGCGUGCUACUGCUAAUAAUAUAAAAGAAAAUAAUUUUAAGCUUAAGUGUGCUACUACUAGCAAAGAUAACCUAGUUGAGGAAGAAGAGGAUAGUAGUGCAGAUAAUUAUAAAAAAGCUAAGGAUGUAGAAGAGGAGGAUACUAAGAAGCUUGUUAAUAAGCCUAAGUUUUCUAGCUCUGCUGCUGCUGCUUCUGCUGCCCCUGUUUAA